AAAGGGAAUUCUAAUGCUGAUCCACCUUUCUCUUCAAAUGGCGAACCAACGUUGUCUGGAGAAGAAAGCAAGGAUCCAAUUAACUUAACUCCACCAAUUCCUCCUCUGCUUGGUGGGGACUUAGUCCUCGGACCUAUUGGUGACAUUGGCAGUACUGAAGAAAGAAACUUGACCGACACCAUGAAUAUAACAGAACAUCAUUCGGGCCAUUUUCGUGAGGACCCUGUUCGUUUUAUGAUGCAAAUGGGCGCAUUUUAUCAAGGGACGGGGUGGAGAAGUUAUAAAAACUAUAUCGGAACUCGAAUAUUUUACGAAGGGUACACUGAAGAGUUGAAAGAACGUGUAUUAAACAGUGAACGUGCUGAAAAGCAGGUCAACUUUCUUUCGCAAACAUUUCCAAAUGCCACGCCAAAAAUGAUUGCUAAGCGAAAGAAAAAGUUUGAAAAAGAACUACAAAUUGUAGCCAACGGAAUGGUGGAUAAAUUAAUUGCCGAUCUUAAUAGUAUACGGUUUCUCAGAGCUUUCGUUUUCUUUGUCCAUAAUAUACUAGCGAGAAUGUAUCAUCAAGGAAUACAUAUAUCUGAACGCGAAUUUCUUGAGCUUAGACGUGUAGCUAUUCAUGCUGCUCAAAAUUCUCAAUCUCUUAUUAUUCUUCCAUGUCAUAAAUCUCAUAUAGAUUAUCUUGUUAUUUCUUACAUAUUUUUCCGCUUGGGCCUGGCCCUUCCGCAUAUCGCCGCGGGUGACAAUCUCGACAUGCCUAUUGUCGGUAAAAUCCUUAAGCGCGGAGGUGCAUUCUUUAUUCGACGUACAUGGGGGGAUGACCAACUUUAUGGCAGUAUUGUAAAGGAAUACUUAGAGUGCUUAUUGGAGAGUGGCCAUAGUAUAGAAUGUUUUAUUGAAGGAACAAGAAGUCGUACAGGGAAACUUUUACCUCCUAAACUUGGUAUCUUAAAAAUCUUUUUAGAAUGUAUACUGUCUGGCAGAGCCAAAGAUUGUUGGAUAGUACCGGUGUCUUUGCAAUAUGAUAAAGUAAUUGAAACCGAGACUUAUAUUAAUGAGUUGUUGGGUAGUCCCAAGGAAAAGGAAACUUUAUGGAGUGUUGUAACAAAUACUAGACUAUUACAAUUGAAAUGGGGACGCAUAGACGAUUACUUUGUUGAGAGCACUUGGUUACCAGGUGUGGGAAGGAAUGAAUUAAUAAGACGUGUAGAUUGGUUAAAAGCCGCAAUUUUAGCCAAAGGAGGACGUGUCAAAGAAUUUGGCGGUAUGAGAACUGCAGAAAUUGUCGAUCGUGCCAUGGCUGUGUUAAAAGAUUUGAUCAAGGAAAGGAAAGACUUAUUGGAACCUGUAUUUUAUGCGGAGAAAAGAUUCGAAUUAAGCUUUUACCGUAACCAGGUUAUGCACUUGUUUGUUUCUGAAGCUAUAAUAUCGGUAGCGAUGUACACUAAGAUAAAGCAAGGCGGUGGCAAACCAACACAACGUUUAGACAUUGAAACUCUUUUAAAAGAAGUAGAGUUCCUUUCUCAGUUACUCAAGGGAGAAUUUGUGUAUAGACCUGGUGAAAUUAAGGAUAAUAUAUAUAAAACCUUAGUAGGAUUGAAGAAUGAUCAUGUAAUUGAUUUUGAUGAUAAAUAUGUGGAAUUAUCUGAUGCCGAAAGGGCUAUUGGAAGAGAAAAUUAUGAUUUUUACUGCUUCUUGAUAUGGCCUUUUGUCGAAACAUAUUGGCUUGCUGCUAUAAGUCUGUUUUCUAUGACUCCCACUAAUAUAUCUCGUCAAACACCGAACCCGAUUGUAAAUAAAAACACAAACAACAAACCUGUUCCUAUCACAUGGUUUAAUGAGAGAGAUUUUCAAAACAAAUGCCAAUUAUUUGGUAAAACUCUAUAUUAUCAAGGAGAUCUUUCUUAUUUUGAGGCAGUGAACAAGGAAACGUUGAAGAAUGCAUUUAUCCUUCUGGAGGAUGCUGGUGUCAUCAUGGUGAAACGAAGCCGAAAUGUUAAAAUACAGCCCACUAUUGCUUUAGCACCUGAAUUUGUACCAACAAGGAACUCUGAUGGUUUCAUAGAAGCUAAGGGAGAAUUGUGGAAUUUAGUUGAAAAAAUUGGAAAAUUUCGAAGGGAAGGAAAAAAUCGUAGAGAUAAUGCUACAGUUAGUUCAAGGGUAUUAAAGUUAGCAGAGAUGGUAGGCACUCCAACUACAGCUGAUGUAGAUGUUAUAACAAAUUUAACGAGUAGGCCUUCAAAGAUCGGAAAAUUGGAAGCAAAACUUUAA